AUUAUAAUAGGUAUGUUUGUAUUAACCAGUCAUACAUUUCAUACCAUAUUGCAGUCACAAUGAAACUCAUAAUAUUUUUGUUUCUGCUGAAGCAAUCAUUUAUAUAUACCUUGGCAGUCUACAACACGUUAGCUUAUAAAAAGAUUGUUUCGCCUGGGGAGCAAUUGAAUCUAACUUAUUUCGGGUUUGAUAUCGCUUACGUUGCUACAACAAGAAGUUUAAUAGUUACCGCUCCGAUAGCAGAUAAUAUAGGGCAAGUUUACGUUUGCCAAAUCGACAACUUACACUGCAAGCCAAUUGAAAGGAAUAUCGUAAGAGACAAUAGUAAAUACGAUCAUAACUACUGGCUCGGAGCGACUGUGGAAGCUGGGUCAUCAUUUUUCGUGACCUGCGCUCCACUGCUGGUCAAACAUAGCGAAAAUGGUGUUGGAACGACGGGAGGGUGCUUCAUUUCGAAAGAUAAUCUUUCAAUUGAACAAUUUGUCCUCGAUCAGAAUGGCUCCCCAAAAAAUACAACAUUCGAAUCUCGAUUAUCUUCCUUCGGUUGGAGUCUGACUAUCAGCGACCAGGAAUCUAUUGUUGUUGGAGGACCUGCUAUGUAUACUGGUCGCACUUUACUGUACAUGAAGCCGGAAGCUUCUAAUUCACCGUAUGUUGCGGCAGGCAUCGACAACGAUGUGGACUUCAAUUUUGGGUAUAGUGUGACGUCAGGAUAUUUCGCAACAUCUAAAUUGCUAAUGUACGCAGUGGGUAGCCCAUACGGUUUCGGAAAGGUUUUAUUUUUCGGACAACAGUGGAGGUUGUUUAAGCAACUUAAGUUCAAACAACCGAAGACGAAUGUCGGGGAGAUGUUUGGCGCUAGUUUGUGCUCGGCUCGUAUCUUCGGACAACGAUCAGACUUGUUAGUCGGAGCUCCGGGACGAGCGAGCGACAAGGAAUACAACGUAGGCGCUGUCUACGUUUUUGUUGCAAACAAGCUAAUGGCUCUAAACUAUAAAAGGAUUAUUACGGGCCGAAAGGAAGGUUCGAUGUUUGGCAGCGCUAUUAUCAAUGUUGGAGAUUUAAACGGAGACAAGAAAGAUGAUAUAGCAAUAGCAGCGCCAUUUGAAAAUGAUGGUAGAGGGGUAGUCUACAUCUACUGUGGCGCUGAAAUUCUGGGUCUCAAAGAACCCAAAAAGCCUUUUAACUUCUUGCAAAUGAUAGAAUCCGAAGAUUAUUACUAUGGCUUCGGCUUGGGACUAGGCAUUUUGAACGACUAUGACCAAAACGGAUGCAAUGAAUUAGCCAUCGGAAGUCCGUUGAAUAACACUGUGUUUAUACUGCCAUGUUUUGCCUAUAUCACCGUCGAAUUGUAUACCGAGUAUCCAGAUCUACAGAAUCGAGAAAUUAUAAACGCAGUGGCACAAAAUGAUGUGAACGAAACACACUUUCGUUUUGACACCUGCCUGCGUGUAACGUUUCCGAAAAAGCCUACCAAAGCAUAUGCCGAACUAGAAGUGGAAAUCGAAAUAUCGGGCGACACUAAAGCAUCCCUAAGUGACCCAAAUUCAGAUAAAAAAUACAUAGUGAAAAUCGAGAAAACGACUAAACAAUCUGUUCAACAGUUCUGCAAGAAGAUUGGUGUCUAUCUGCCAACGGACGGACAUUACGAUUCACCAAUAAAAUUUAAGAUUAUUGCGAAGCAAAUAAAUGAUCCACAACUACAAUCAAAUCCGGAACCAUCCCACGUUGUCGUCAAUGAAAACAGUAUUUUAACUCUACGACAUGAUAUCUGGGCAGCGCAAUGUAAAAAUAAAAUGUCGUGUUUGCCUGACAUUCAUUUGGAUAUCACGAACCUAUUUCCAGAGCCCUAUCUGCUUGGCUCGUCGGAGACGGAGGACAUACAGAUGAAGGUAACAAACCACGGCGAGGUGGCUUACAGCGCCUGCCUUAAAGUGGACGUCGUCAACGCGGCCGUUGUGCGAGCCUCUGCUCUCAGCUGCACCAUUGGUGACCAAGAGAAUACUCUUACAUGCAUUUCACAGAAACCAAUUCAUAAAAACGAUCCCUGGGACAUUGGUCAUAUAUCAUUGAAAAUGACAGACGCCACAAACAAAGACGAAUUCAUAACACUUAAAGUAAGAGUCUAUAACAACUGCAAGACUCCUAAGAUAUUUACGCUGAUUGAAAAACAAUAUAAACUGACGAGAGAUCUUAAUGAUAUAGAAAUUAUAGGAAGAACUAAUCUAGGAAGCGUCAUAAACACAACAGUAGAAGAAAUAAAGUUUGAGAAGAAAAUCUUAGAACAUAUUUACACAAUUAGCAACAAAGUGGCGAACCCGUGGCUUGGAGGUCCAAAGUUCAAAAUCACCUCCAUGACACCCCAUUUUCUGCACUAUACCAAAUCACCUGUCACAGCCCAAACUGAAAGCGGACAUUAUCUCAGCUGUAGUGCAAUAGCAACCACGGAGAAAGACAUGACGACGAUUUGCUCCGCGGAACAGCUCUUGAAGGAAGAUCCAAUUCAUGUAAUUCUUCAAAUGUAUAUCGAUUCUUCUACGGCAGAUGAUCUUGGAGCGCUUCGUAAUAUAUCCAUGGAGUCAAAAAUUGAAAUAUUUCCGGAUGGUUUAUGGAAUGGGCCAUUUUCGAAUAUAAGUUUAUCGCAGAGUGUUGUGACUACUAUUAUUAUCGAGAGAACAACGGUAGCCCUCUGGAUCAUAAUUGUGGCAUCCCUGUUCGGUCUACUGCUUCUCAGCAUCAUAUACUGCAUUGUCGUCAAACGAACAAAUUUUAUGCGCAGAAAGAAUAAACAAAAGACAAAUGAACUAAGAAAAAGUAUCAGGAGGCAAACUAUAAGACGCUCAAUGAUGGCCCAGUCUGUAUACGACAGAGUUCCCGAAGAAGAACAACCUUCCAGCGACCUUCAAGAAAAUGCCCAGCGAUGUGAAACGUAGUUUCUUACGAAUAAAACGAGCAAUAAAAUAAAAAUAAACAAAAUCUUAUUAAUUUUUUUAUUAAUUGAUUAACUAAUUUAUAAUGCUACUUAGUACCUGUCAAGACUCAUAGCUAUGUGAUCCAUUGACGUUUAGCAUCAGUUAGGCUGUGGAGUUGGUGAAGUCAUUUAAAUUGAUUAAAAAAUUUACUCAUAGACACAAUUUUCACAAGUGAUUACGAGAAUGAGGCCGUAUAUUUUUCAAAAUUAUAUUAAGGUAAGAUUAGAUACCGAGGGAACCGGUGGUAGCGUUGCUGGCGGCCCUCGGCCCGGCGUCUGUGGGACGGCGGGAUGGAUGUAAUAUGCUAUGCGUCAACCCUGUCCCGUCAUCUCAAUAGCCCCGACUAGGCUCCGGUCCGGUGUGGGGUAGGGCGCCGGCUGUGAGCGGUAGGAGUUUUUAGUGAGGUUCAACUCCCACAUACCCCACCUGCCGUGCGGGUGGGGAUCCGGCCAUUUUUUCCUGUGGGAAAAAAAAGGUAGCAUUAGAUACCAAUUCCUAAUAUUGCCUUUUUUGGUUUUUUUUUUUCAUAACUAAAAAAUUAGCUAGGAUCGAAAAAACCACAAAUUCGAUGUGUGAAUAUGUGAGUUGAAAUUUAUAUACCUACACUGUGAUGUUAGAAAGAUAUCUUUACUAAAUUAAACAAAAAGUAGUUAUUUAAUGAAUAAAAUGUUGAUAAAGAAAUUUAAAUAGAGCGCGAUGUGUGAAAAUAGGAUCGAUUGAAUUAAAACUUCGCACAUAUAAUUUAACUGAUUUCUCACACGAAUUUUCCACAAAACACAAUAAUGUUUACGACAUUGACAUUACUAAAACUCAUAGAUAACUCAUGUAUAUGUUUUCAAAAGUCACCAAUAAUUGUUAAAUAAUAUGUUAUUAUUUAUUUAAUAAAACAAAUCUUGCACGC